GUGCUCUAUUUAUCGCUCUCUGAUCUGUCUCUGUGUUCCGUACCUUCUCGCAAGAUUUAUGACAGUUGAACAGGGAGUUCAUGAUCCGAGCCAACAUUCUGUCUGCCGUGAGUGAAUUAGUGUGCUGCCUCAGAGGGAAUCGCGUCGAUGGACAUGUGAGCGCCUUCUCUCGUCUGACCCAGACACGACGCGAUGACGUCCACGGCGAGAGACGCGGUGGCCUCGGUGGCCUCGCGGCUGUUCCCCAGGACCGGGUUCACCUCCACCAGGUCCAUGACCGACAGCAGACCUGCACCACAACAAGCAUCACAUCAGAAUAACAGACCCCAGGUCAGACCUCCGUUCACCGGCGUUCCUGUGGCGGGAGCUAGAGACGGGUCGAACGAAUCGAUGUCAAAGCUCAAGUGGAUGGGUCGCUGUUUUCUGUCCCAAAAGGUUCUGCUCGGGAUGUCGUUCCCUCCUUCCCUCAACCGCCAGCAGAUCGGCAUCCCGCAGUUGCCCCCCAGAAUCCCCCCUCCACAGUACGGGACCUUUGCCCCAGGAGUCCCCCCAGGCACUCCCAUAAUGCCAGUUCACAUGGGCGUCGUGACUCCCGCACCCACAGUCUUGGUCCCGACCGCAGUCGCUGUAGCGCAGAAGCCGAUGCUGAAGAAGGAUCACGGCGCCGUCAGAGCCAAGGACACGGACGACAGCGGCGGCCCCACCACCACCGUGUUCGUAGGAAACAUCUCCGAAAAGGCUUCUGACAUGUUGGUCAGGCAGCUGCUUGCGAAAUGUGGAAUAGUUCUGAGCUGGAAAAGAGUUCAAGGUGCCUCUGGGAAGCUUCAAGCUUUUGGCUUCUGUGAGUAUAAGGAGCCUGAAUCCACGCUGCGAGCCCUCAGACUUCUACACGAGCUGCUCUUAGGAGACAAGAAGCUGCUGGUCAAAGUCGAUGCCAAGACCAAAGCUCAGCUCGAUGAGUGGAAGGCGAAGAAGAAGAGUGCCAACGGGGAUGUCAGCAGUGGGUCAAAAAAUGGGGAUGAAGACGAGGAGGAGGAAGAGGUCCUGGAUGAGGAAACUGUGCGUCGGGACCAGGUCGUCAAGAGCGCGAUAGAAGUUCUCAUCCGAGAGUACUCGAGCGAGCUCAACGCUCCGUCGCAAGACCCCGACAGUCAGCCGCGCAAGAAACGCAAGGAGAAGAAAGAGGAGGAGGAUAUCAAUGCAAUGGAGAUGGAGGACGACAAGCGAGACUUGAUUUCCCGAGAGAUCAGUAAAUUCCGGGACACACACAAGAAACUGGAGGAGGAAAAAGGAAAGAAAGAGAAGGAGCGGCUGGAGCUGGAGAGAGAAAGGAGAGAGAGGGACAAAGAGCGAGAGCGCGAGAGGGAGCGACGGGACCGCGAGAAAGAGAAGGAGAGGGAGAGAGAGAGGGACAAGGAGCGGGAGCGAGACCGAGACCGGGACCGCGAACGGGAGAGGGAGCGCGAACGCGAGCGCACCAAGGAGCGGGAGCGGGAGAGAGAGCGAGAGAGGAGCCGAGACGCCAGCGAAGGCCGCAGCAGGUCCAGAGAGCGGGCCAGAGAAGAAAAAAAACGAGACCGCGAAGAAGAUGAAGAAGACCUGUAUGAACGACGGAGACUUGAAAGAAGGCUGAGAGACAAAGAGGCGGCUUACCAAGAACGGCUGAAAAACUGGGAGAUCCGUGAGAGGAAGAAAUCUCGGGACUACAGUAAAGAUACGGAAAGGGAGGAUGAGAGGCGUCGUGAAACGAUGAAAGAAGCCAAAAGAUUGAAAGAAUUCCUUGAAGAUUAUGACGACGACAGGGACGACCCAAAAUACUACAGGGGCAGCGCUCUGCAGAAGCGGCUCCGCGAUCGGGAGAAGGAGACGGAGCUGGACGAGCGAGACCGGAAGAGAGAGAAGGAGGAGCUGGAGGAGAUCAGACAGAGGCUCCUGGCCGAGGGUCACCCCGAUCCCGAUGCCGAGCUGCAGAGGAUGGAGGAGGAAGCAGAGCGCAGACGCCAGCCGCCUCUCAAACUGGAGCCGGAAGAGGAUGUGAUCAAGGAGAAAGCUCACCGGGAGCGGGAUCGAGACCGGGAGAGGGAGCGGGAGCGGGAUCGAGACAGAGAACGGGAACGGGAAAGAGAUCGGGAAAGGGAAAGGGAGCGGGAGCGAGAUCGGGAGCGCGAACGUGAGCGUGAACGGGAACGGGAGCGCGACCGCGAGCGGGACAAGAGGGGGUCGGCGAGGCCGGUGGAGCCGGCGCCUCGAGCCCCCCAGCCACAGCAUUCAGAGGAGGAGGCGGACGAAGCAGAGGACGACCACUACCGCGACGCCGAGGACUCCCAAGAAGCCAAACCACAGCCCAAACCCGUCAUGCGACCAAUCACCACGGCUCCCUCCGUGUCCUCGGCCAGCGGGAACGUGACUCCAAACACACCCAUGAAUGAAUCUCCCUGCGGCAUCAUCAUUCCCGGAGAAAACACUCCUGAGCUCCAGCCUCUAGAUGAGCACCGGCCCAAGAUCGGGCUCAGCCUUAAACUGGGUGCCACCAACAGCCCCAAUCAGCUGAGCGUCGCAAAGCGGAAGAAGCUGGCGACCGUGGAGAGCGUUUUCAACAAGUUCGACGACGAAGAGGCGGAUGAGCAGCCCCGCAAACGAAAGCUGGUCCCGCUCGACUACGGCGACGACGAUAAGAGUCUGGGGCUGGACGGGGCCGAGAUUUCAGGGGCCAAAGGCAGCAUCAACACAGAGGAGAAACGCAAGCAUAUAAAGAGCCUUAUUGAGAAGAUCCCCACUGCGAGACCCGAGCUGUUUUCUUAUCCUUUGGACUGGACCAUGGUCGACUCGACUCUGAUGGAUCGUCGCAUCAGACCAUGGAUUAAUAAGAAGAUCAUCGAAUACAUUGGCGAGGAAGAGCCCACUCUGGUUGAUUUUGUCUGUUCCAAGGUAAUGGCUCACAGCACUCCUCAGGGGAUUCUUGAUGAUGUUGCUAUGGUUCUCGAUGAAGAAGCAGAAGUCUUCAUAGUGAAAAUGUGGAGGUUGUUGAUAUAUGAAACAGAAGCCAAGAAGAUCGGACUGGCGAAAUGAAGACCUCGUGUCUCUCUGACUGAUUUUUAAAGCUGGCGAUUGUUUUUUUUUUCUUUUCUGUCUUUCUUUCUUUUUUUCUGUCCAUCAGACAGUGAACGAGCCCAUAUGCCCUCCAUUCCAUCAGCAAGGAGCUGCUGCCUUGUGUGCGUUUGUGUGAGUGUAUGUCUGUGUGUGUGUGUGUGUGUGUGUGUGUGUGUGUGUGUGUGUGUGUGCGCGCGUGCGUGUGUGAGGGAAGAGACGUUUUUACACAAACAUGCUGCAUGAGGAAACUUUGGUUGUACUCUUUCUCUUUGUUGUCACCCAUCUGUUCCAUUAUGUUGGACACUCUGCUUUGAUUCAAUGGUUUUAUGAGGAGGCACUGCUCCAGUGUGUGAACUAAUGAAUAAAUAUGCUUUUUUUUUAAGAAAUGAAGCGUCUUUCCUA